GCGUGACGUUACGCGUGAUGGGUGGGAGGGCAGGAGCCCGCGCGCCGCGCCUGGAGGAAGGCGGGUCUGGGAGCUGCAGAGGCCAGAAGCCCCGGAGCUUGGGAAAGCAAAAUGGGUGAGUUGCCCUUGGAUAUCAAUAUUCAGGAACCUCGCUGGGACCAAAGCACUUUCCUGGGCAGAGCCCGGCACUUCUUCACUGUUACUGACCCCCGAAAUCUGCUGCUGUCCGGAGCGCAGCUGGAAGCCUCCCGGAACAUCGUGCGGAACUACAGGGCUGGCGUGGUGACGCCUGGGCUCACCGAGGACCAGCUGUGGAGGGCCAAGUAUGCAUACGACUCUGCCUUCCAUCCGGACACAGGGGAGAAGGUGGUCCUGAUUGGGCGUAUGUCAGCGCAGGUGCCCGUGAACAUGACCAUCACUGGCUGCAUGCUCACCUUCUACAGGAAGACCCCGACGGUGGUGUUCUGGCAGUGGGUGAAUCAGUCCUUCAAUGCUGUUGUUAACUACUCCAACCGCAGUGGCGAUGCUCCCAUCUCUGUGGGGCAGCUGGGAACAGCUUACGUGAGUGCCACCACCGGUGCUGUGGCCACAGCCCUGGGGCUCAAAUCCCUCACCAAGCACCUGCCCGCCCUGGUCGGCAGAUUUGUGCCCUUUGCAGCUGUGGCAGCCGCCAACUGCAUCAACACCCCCCUGAUGAGGCAGAGGGAACUGCAGGUGGGCAUCCCAGUGACUGAUGAGGAAAGUCAGAGACUUGGCCACUCGGUGGCUGCGGCCAAGCAGGGAAUCUUCCAGGUGGUGAUAUCGAGAAUCUGCAUGGCCGUUCCUGCCAUGGCCAUUCCCCCCGUGAUCAUGGACACGCUGGAGAAGAAAGACUUCCUAAAGCGUCGCCCCUGGCUGGGGGCUCCCCUGCAGGUGGGACUGGUGGGCUUCUGCCUGGUAUUUGCCACCCCGUUGUGCUGUGCCCUGUUCCCCCAGAGAAGCUCCUUACACGUGAGCAGGCUGGAGCCAGAGCUGAGAGCUCGGAUCCAUGAGCAAAACCCUGACAUCGAAGUGGUUUACUACAAUAAGGGGCUUUGAGGGAGGGUCGGCCCCUGGCCCCCUCCCUCACCUCCUUGGGCUGCUGCUUUAGUGGAGCCUUCCCUCCCCUUACCUUGCCCAUCUGCCUGGUGCUGGGUGGGGGCGCAGCCAGUGAGACCAGCAAUCCCAUUAGGCUGAGAGAGGUGCCCCCAUUCAGCCUUUUUCUCUCCUCUCUGGUUUCAAAGAGCAGGGUCACAUAAUCCCUUUCUGCUGGGCUUCUCUGUCUACGUGUAUACAUAACAAUACUGUGCGUAAGUGUGUGUGUG